CCAGCGCCCUCUCUGUUACACGGCAUCUUCGUGUGAGGACUAAAGAGUAGAAAGAGGCGGCUCUGACUCUCUCGCCCGACUGGCCAGCUCCUUUCCCUUUCAAGGAGAGCGAGCAAACAGCCUGGCUCGUGACGCGGGUGCCGUCCUUGCUUCGUUUUCGUCCUCGGCUUCUCGCUACUUCUUCCACCUGCUUUCCCUCGUCGUCUCAUCGCACGUCGAUGAUUUCCACUCGCCCUGCUUAGCAAUCCGAAACACCACAACCACGACGCAGGCAACAAGAACAAGGCCAGCCAGAAUUCCAGCACUUCCGCGCCUCGCCUCGCCUCAACCAUGGCGGCUCCCAGCGCCACGCCGCCUCUCCUCCUCACCAAGCGCCUCAACGCCUUCCUGCACUCCCACCAGAGCGCCCACCUGCCGACGCUCCUCCUCACCACCUCCCAGGGCAAGCUCCUCGCCCACGCCUCGUCCCAGCCCGUCACCGUGCUGCGAACCCACGCCACCGUCGCGGCCUCUCUGCUCGCCAUCCACACCUCGUCCUCGGCUGCCAUCCCAACCGCCCUGCCCGGGUCGCGCACGCCCGAUCCCAUCGUCAGCUCCCCCGGCAGCCCCCACGGCAGCGACCACUACCACGAUCUCGACGAGCACAGCAGCCAGGGCGACGCGGCCGAUGCGUCCGGCCCGACGCGGUCGAGGUCACGACAUACCAUCCGGCCGGUCACUAUUACUGUCCAGCUCAGCGAGGGCACAGUCCUCAUCCGCCGUCUGAAAUGCGGCCUGCUCUUUGUGUGCGUGGGCCCUGCGGCGUCUAACCUGCAGGACCAGCUGCAUCACUCGUCGUCGCACACGCAUCAUGAAAACGGCGAUGGGGUCGGCAGUCCCAGCGAGGUGGAAAGCUUGAUCAGCACGGGUGGGCUGACGACGUCGAGCUUGGAGAGCGCGAGCGCUGCGCCGGUGGUUGCUAUGAGGAGACACGCGGCAGAAUUGGCGCGGUGGUUGGAUGAGAAACUUGGAACGUUGAGAGUGCCCGAGGAGGGCAUUGGUGUCAUUGACCUGCAUGCACCGGCGCAUGUAUAAGGGGAAAGGCUGAUGAAUGCUGAUGAGGAAGAGGGAAAAUGCGUUCUGUCAGAGUAAUGCUAUCAUGGGCGUUUGGAUUUUUUUCAUGCGGCUUUUUCAUUCGGUACAUUUUGCAUCCAUCAUUUCGGAGGGAAAGUAAGCAAUAGGGAGAAACUUUUAGUACAAGACUUGUAAUACUCGCGGCAUUCAGAUUAUAUAUCGAGAUGAACAGCAACGGAAAUAAAUCAUUCAGUCACUAUU